AUGUUGAAAGAUAGUGGAGUAUUAGCGAUAUGUAUUGAUUAUCGAGAAUUGUUUAAUUUAGGAAAAAUGUUAGAUGAAACUUUUGGUGAGGAGAAUAGAGCUUAUGCUCCAAAAAGUCAAGGCAAACAUGUAUCUUCUGCUACUGAAUAUGUGUUAGUCUAUGCUAAAAAUAAAGAAAAGGUUAAAACAGGAAGACUAGAGAGAAGUGAAAAACAGAAUAAGUUGUAUAAAAAUCCUGAUGGGCUAGCGAUGCUAGCGUCGCCACUAGUUCAAAAUCCGCGGUCUACGCCAUUCAAAACCCGCUCGGAAUACGAAGAAAAGGACUUAAAAGAUGGUUAUAGCAAAGCAUUAGUUUUAAAAGGAGCCAAAGACCCCCAAAAAAAUAACCCCCAAACUGACCUGGUGGUCCAAAAAGCAAAUGGCAAAGGUCAAUUAGCAACGAAAAGGUAUUUAAAAGAUGUUAGCGGAGAAGCAGGCCACAGCCAAGCCGGAGUGAGGGAGUUAAAUGCUAUUGUUGGUUCCAGCGAUAACAAGUUUAUUGGAACUACCGGACACACAGUUUUCCAACUAAACCGAACUGAAAAAACUACCGACGGCAAAGAACAUGAACCACUACCAGGAAGUUUUAAAUACUCCAAAUUAACUAAACAAAUCAACUCCCAAACUAUUUUAGAAAUGGAACGGGAAGAAUUAGCCGAAACCAUUUUAUCUACUCAAUUAGGGGCGGUUCCUUUACCCAAUAACUGCUACUUGAUUGCUAAAAACCAACAAAACGAAGGAAUUUAUCUAAUCUGA